UUCCAAAACCCCUGAUAAACUUAAACCCUAACAGUCAGAGCAUUGGAGUUUGGAAUGUAUCAAUAUAAAUUAAAAAAAAGUAUAAUCCAAAACCCCUGAUAAAGUUAAACCCUAACAAUCAGAGCAUGGUGAAAUCGUAUCUCCGGUAUGAACCAGCGGCGUGUUUUGGGGUUAUAGUAUCGGUUGAAUCAAAGAUUGCGUAUGAUUCGUCCGGCAAACACUUGUUGGUGCCGGCGUUAGAGAAAAUUGGCAUAUGGCAUGUGAGGCAGGGUCUUUGCACCAAAACCCUAACUCCUUUACCUUCAUCAAACUCAAAAGCCCCCUCUAAUGCUGUCACAUCAAUUUCAUCAUCAUCAUCCCGCAUAGCUAGUGGUUAUGCUCAAGGAACUAUUAGAAUUUGGGAUUCCGAGAAAGGGAUGUGUGAAACCACAUUGAAUGGGCAUAAAGGGGCUGUAACGGCACUUCGAUACAAUAAGCUUGGAUCAUUACUAGCAUCAGGAGGUAAAGAUAAUGACAUUAUUUUGUGGGAUGUGGUGGCGGAGACUGGUCUUUUUCGCCUUCGAGGGCAUCGUGAUCAGGUUACUGAUCUUGUUUUCUUGGAUUCUGGCAACAAACUCGUCACGGCUUCUAAGGACAAGUUUUUGAGGGCAUGGGAUCUUGAUACUCAACAUUGCAUGCAGAUUAUAAGUGGUCAUCAUUCUGAAAUAUGGUCCAUAGAUAUUGACCCCGAGGAAAAAUAUCUGGUCACCGGUUCUGCUGACCCUGAACUUCGUUUUUACUCUAUAAAUCAUGAAAACAAAACAGAUAUGAAUAAGGAGUUGCCUACUGAAAACAAAUGGGAAGUACUUAAGUCAUUCGGUGAAAUUCAGCGGCAAAGCAAGGAUAGAGUUGCAACAGUGAAGUUUAACAAGUCGGGAAACCUGCUGGCUUGUCAAGUUGCAGGGAAGACGGUGGAAAUAUUCCGUGUGCUGGAUGAGUCUGAAUCUAAAUGCAAAGCAAAAAGAAGAAUCAGUAGAAAGGAGAAGAAAGCUGCCAAAGAAGGCCGUGAGGCAACGGAAAAAGGAGAGACGGAUAUUGAAGCUGAAGGAGGCAGCAAUCUUGUUGUUACAGUCCCGGAUAUCUUCAAGCUUCAUCAGAUCCUAUGGGCUGGAAAGAAGAUCUCCUCAAUUUCUUUCUCCCCAGUUACUUCAAAGAAUUCACUGGCUACCUUAGCUUUGUCUUUGAACAAUAACUUAUUGGAAUUUCAUGCUAUAGAAAGCAGUUCAACUACUAAAUUGAGUGCUAUUGAGAUUCAGGGGCAUCGUGCUGAUGUCAGAAGUGUGACUCUCAGCUCAGAUAACACUCUUUUGAUGUCGACUAGUCAUAAUGCAAUUAAAAUAUGGAACCCUACAACUGGUUCUUGCCUCCACACAAUUGAUUCAGGAUAUGGUCUCUGUGGACUGUUUGUUCCGGGCAACAAGUAUGCUGUCGUUGGUACAAAGGGCGGUACUUUAGAAAUUAUCGACAUUAGAAGUGGUACUUGUGUGGAAGUAGUGGAAGCCCAUGGUGGUUCUGUUCAGUCAAUUGCUUUAAUUCCAGAUGGGACAGGUUUUCUCACUGGCAGUGCUGAUCACGAUGUUAAAUUCUGGGAAUUUCAAAUCGUACAAAAGACUGGUGAAGUGUAUAAGCAUUUAACUGCAUCUCCUGGAAGGAGCUUAAAAAUGAAUGAUGAUGUUUUAGUCGUGGCUGCGAGCCCUGAUGGUAAAUUAGUUGCUGUUGCUUUGUCGGAUAACACAGUAAAGGUCUUCUAUAUGGAUUCACUCAAGUUCUUUCUUUCGCUCUACGGUCAUAAUCUUCCUGUAUUCUGUAUGGAUAUUUCUUCAGAUGGGGAUCUUCUUGUAACUGGCUCCGCGGACAAAAAUGUGAGAAUUUGGGGUCUAGUUUUCGGGGAUAUUCAUAAGUCACUUUUUGCGCACGCUGACAGUGUCAUGGGAAUUAAGUUUGUGUGUAACACCCAUUACUUUUUUAGUGUGGGAAAAGAUCGCCUGGUGAAGUAUUGGGAUGCCGAUAAGUUUGAGUUGCUUUUAACUCUUGAAGGUCACCAUGCUGAAGUUUGGUGUCUUGCGAUUAGCAACCGCGGCGAUUUUAUCGUUACAGGAUCACAUGAUCGUUCCAUACGACGUUGGGAUCGUACCGAAGAACAACUUUUUAUUGAGGAAGAGAAAGAAAAGAGAUUGGAAGAGAUGUUUGCAUUAGAAACCGACAAUGCAUUUGAGAAUAAGUAUGCAAUAAAGGAAGAACUUCCAGAAGAGGGAGCUGUGGCUUUAGCGGGGAAAAUGACACAAGAAACUCUUACUGGUACAGAUUCUAUCAUUGAAGCACUGGACAUGGCAAAUGGGGAACGGAAGCGUAUUGCUGAACAUGAGGUUGAAAAAUUAAAGGGCAGAGUUUCAGCAUUCAGACCGAAUAUUCUCAUGCUUGGGCUUUCUCCGUCUGAUUAUAUUCUUCGUGCAUUAUCUAGUGUUCAUACUAAUGAUCUGGAACAGGUGUUGUUGGCUUUACCCUUUUCUGAUAAUUUGGAGCUCUUUUUGUACCUGGAGAGUUGGGCCUUCAUACCAGAUAAGGUGGAGCUUGUUGGUAAUGUAGCAGCAAUAGUAGUGCGACUUCAUCAUCACCAGCUGAUUUCAACUGUCUCCGCCAAACCCCUAGUCACCCGUCUAGAAGACAGUGUUCCUCCAAAAGUUAAGGAAUUCAAAGAUCUCAUUGGUGGCAACCUUGCUGCAAUGUGUCAUCUUGAGCAAUUGAUGUCUAUGCGGUUGGGUGUUGUAUCUCGAGAUGUGAAGACUAAAUUAUGGGAGAUACGCUCAUGCAAUGCGAAACGUAUUGAAGCAAGGGAAGAUACAAAACAAGAAAAGAAGAGGAAGAAGAAACAGAAGAAGUUGGAUGGAGGACAUGUUUGGUCCUGAUUUAUUUAUUAUUAAAAUAACGUCAACUACACUUAUAUUGUUAUGUUUGUAGCUUUAUAUAUAUAUGCUUUCACUUCUAAGUUCCAUCUGGAUGAAGGGUCAGGGAACAAUUUUGUUUGUACAGUUUCAGCAAAGUAUGCUUGAGUUAUGAUAUUAGUUUUGUAUAUUAUAUUGUUAUUGAGUUUAUAAAGACUUUUGUAACAUUAA